UAUUAUCACAUGGAAAUAGUUUUCCUCCAUUUUCCUACAACCAUAUAUAAGAAAAAAGAUAGCAAAACAGACCUUGUGAAUUCCUCUUAAGAACACAAUUCAUUCCACACACAGCCUCCCUAUUCCUUUUCCUUCCAAUUUCUCUCCUUCACAAGGUCUAGACUUUCUUAAUUAGCAGCUAAAACCUCUGUUUGGAUCACUUUCAACUGAUGGGUUGACCAGAAUUCAUUCAUAUCAAUGUAUAAUCACAUGGAAAUAGUUUAAUUUCCUGCAUUUUCCUGCGUUUUCUUGGCUGUCCUACAACUAUAAGAAGAAAAUAGCCAAACAGUAGUUUUGAAUUUCUCUCAACAAACAAAAUUCAUUCCACAACAGCCUGCCUUCUCCUUCACAUGGUCUAGACUUUCUUAUCUUAACCUUUGUUUGCAUCAUUUUUCUGCAUUUUCCUGAAUUUUCUUGGCCCUCCUACUACCGUAAGAAGAAGAUAGUCAAACAGUCCUUUUGAAUUCCUCUUUACUACACAAUCCAUUCCACUCCAGCCUUCCAAUUCCUUCACAAGGUUUGGACUUUCUUUGCUCAACCUCUGUUUGGAUCAAUUUCAAGUAAAGAAUAUGGCCAGAAUUCAUUCAUUUCAAUGUAAUUUCACAUGGAAAUAAUUUUCAAGGCGAAAAGUGGUUCAAGAGAGGCAAUGGAGGCUCAAACAGAGAAGGUUUACGUCGCGAUUGGGACCGAUAUGCAAGAUGGAUUUGGGACCCUGAAAUGGGCACUUAGAAAGUGGAAUUCACAUUCAAUCUCCAUAGUAAUCCUCUAUGCAGCUAACGACAUAUCCAAAGAAUAUGUUUACACACCACUUGGAAAACUACCUGCAAGUUUGGUUAGUGAUGAGAAAUUGAAAGUUCAUAGGAUGACAGAGGAAAGGAAAAUUGACAAUUUACUAUCCAACUAUGUAGCAUUUUGUGGCCAUUUCAAGGUCAAAGCUGAAAUUCUUAAAAUUGAGAAACAUGACGAACCCAUUCACAACAGCAUACUAAAUUUGAUAUCCGAACUCGCGGUAACAAAAUUGGUUAUGGGAAUUACAUUCAUGAAGUCCUCAUCAUGUGCAAUCAGUGGAUCAUUUUAUGUUCACCGGCACAAACCCGAUUUCUGUGAGUUGUUCAUAAUAUGUGGAGGGAAAUUGGUUUUCUUGAGAGAGGAAAACAAUGGAGUACUUAUGGAGGAUGAUCAAGGAGUCAUGGUUGCUAAGGUCAGAAGAAAGGUUGGUUUCAAAGGUUGGCUUGAAAAAAUGAUCUCCCAAAAUGGUACUAAUGAGAAAAGUUUACUUAGCUCACCUUCUUCGUCGACGGACAACAAUUCCCCUGAUGAGUGGAAACAUUUUUUCCGAGAGAUGGAAAACUAUUUCCAUCAAUUGUUGUCUUCCCAUUCAGAUGAAGAAGAUUGUGCAGAAGAGAAUGACACCUUGGAGACUAGUCCAACAGCAACAGAUAUGACAGAAAAUAUGAAUGCUGCAGAGAAAAUUGAAGUGCUAAAAAUGAGAAUAGCCAAAGCUCAUGAAGUGAUCCAAUUGAAGAGGAAACAAGCUAAGGAUGAUGUUGAAAGACGAACUAGAGCUGAAUGGGCCAUUUGUUUAUGUGCUCGCAGGGUUGAGGAACUCGAAGCAAGCACAAAAACAGAGAGAGCUGACCGCUUUGAACUCAAGAAAGACUUAGACACCAUGAAAGAAGAGCUUUAUGAAGUCCAGAGCAAAGUGGGGGAGAAAAAGAGUAAGCUGAAUUCGAUUUUGGAGCUCCAAGGCGAGCUCUCAAACAAGCUCCAACUAUCCUCUCUAGCAAAAUCACGCGCAGAGGCAGAGCUAGAGAAGGCAGUGACCACAAGAGCUGAAAUGGUUCGUAAGAUUGAGGAGUUGAGACGACAAAGGGAUGUUUUGCAUUGCAGAAUCGAGUUCUGCAGAGAGAAGGAUGCAAUAGGAAUGGCCACAAGGUUGUGUGAUCAAUUGGAGUUUAACAAUAAAGAGUACACAGCUGAAGAGAUUAGAAUAGCCACCUAUGGUUUCUCAGAGCGUUUGAGAUUGAAAUCAGCCGGUGAGAGGACAAAUGUGUAUAGGGGACGGAUCAAUUCUAUGACGGUUGCAAUAAAAUUGUAUAAUGCAGUCAAUGGACUAUCUCAAGAAGCCUUCCAAGCUAAGCAGGUGAAGCUCCUCAGCCACAUUAGGCAUCCUCACCUACUCGCCAUGAUCGGAUUCUGCUCCGACCUAAAAUGCAUCGUCUUCGAGUACAUGCAUAAUGGCAGCCUAAGGGAUGCAUUGUUGCCCAUCCAGGGAAGCCCCAAAAGAAGAAACUGGGGCCUGAAUUGGCACGCUUGCAUUCGGAUUGCAGCCGAGGUUUGCUCGGGCCUGGGCUUCCUUCACUCUGCCCAACCCAGGCCCAUUGCUCACGGUAGCCUGAACCUCUCCAAAAUCCUCCUGGAUAGUUAUCUUGUUGCUAAAAUCUAUGGCUUUAGGCUUGGUUGGUGCUAUGAUGAAUCUGAUGUUAGGUCAGACAUUCGUGCUUUCGGCAACCUAGUACUGCAGCUUCUCACUGGGACAAAUUGGGCCGAGCCCGUCCAAGAGGCGAUAAUGAUGGACAGUGCAGCAGUUGUUGGUGUUUUAGACGAGAUGGCUGGAGAAUGGCCACUAGAAUUGGCAAUGGAACUUGUCUGGAUUGCAAAGAGGUGUUUGUCCACCAAUGAAGGGACCGCGACAAUCGCGAGAGCGAUCGGCGAGGUGAGAAAACGGGCGGAUGAACUAGCCGCCGACGGAAAUAGUAUGAAAAGUCCAUUAACUUAGUACUUUAAGUAUUAGCUAUCAUUUGGCAAGGAUCAAAUUAGUACUUUUAGUACUCCAUCUCCAUCUGUCCCAAAAAAGAUAUCAUAUUUUUCUUUUUGAUUUGUCCCAAAAUAGUUAUCCACUUCCUUUUUUCAAACAAUAUAUUUUAUAUUUUUGCAUA